AUUCAAAAAGCCCAAAUCAAUCGGGCGCACAACUCUCGGUCACACACAGUCGCACACGCUCCGUUUCCGAGUAAUGAACGGCGGCGAAGGGGAGGUGGAUUUAGAAGAAGAAUGGCCAUCCGACAUAACGGACCUACUCAUUCAAGUGGAAGAAGAAUUCACUGCCGCCACUCAAAACCGCAGCCGUACUCUUCCGCCACCGCCGCAACACUCCGUCGUCGCCUCCACCAGCUACUCGCCGCCUCGUCUCUUAUCUCAGAAAUUCAACGACAAGCCGAUCAAACAAUACGAUCAUUUUUCUAACGCGCCGUCAAUUAGCCGCAGUGACGUCACUGUCUCAUCUCCAAAUUUUAAUAACAAUAACAAUGCUAUUGUUGCUGUUACUGCUAAAGAUCAAGAAAUCGAUUGCUUAAAGAGAGAGCUUGGGCGAGUCUCAAAACAACUAACUCAUCUGGAGAAAGAGUGCUUAGAUCUUAAAAAGGAAAGAGACAAGAAAGAGGAACAGCUUACAUCUGUCCUUUCACGGCUUGAGGCUAAAGAUGCUAAGGUUCAAUGCAGAGAUAGUACGAACCUUGUGGUGCAUGAUGCUAUCCAUGCUGGUGGGACAUUUGGAGCUAAUAAUCGGGAGUAUCCUGCAGCUCUUUUAGGAUGUAAGAGUAAUAACUUUUCAGAUCACUCAGUAAGAUGUCGGAUUGAUGUAGGCACCAAUCCAGUUCAAGACACACUGAAGAGUUUACCAGCUUGUAAAGCUGUAGGAGUUCAGACAGAGGAAGCUGUUGACUUUGUUGAUUUGAUCUAUGAAAAUAAUCUAUCUACCAAAUGUCAACUUACAAGAAAGUUGCGAUGUAUCUGGAACUCAACUUCUGACGAGUUCACAGGAAGAAAUUUGGUAUCGAAGCUGUUUGUGGCUUGUGAAACAGAUUUUCAUGUCCUUUUUGGAUUCUUGAGCUUUAAUCCUUCCAAAACAACAGUGAACUUUCUCGGGAACUAUUCUGAUGUUCCUAUGCCACAGGCCACACAAUCUUCCCUCUCAGCUGAAGCAGCAAAAAUAUCUAGUCUAUACUCUGUGCUGACAAAGAUUACUAAUGGUUUAGUAGAGUUGAAGGCGAUGUUGGAAGUUUUAACUGAUCUAUGCUGCCUUGAUAAUGCUGUUAUUCUUUAUAGAUCUCUUCAUAUUCUACAUGUAGUUUUGAAUCACCUGUCAAGUGUGAAGAAAAGAUCCGAGAAAAGGGACAAUGUGAUGGUCGAGGGGCCUGUAUCUGUAAGCAAAAGCUGUGAAACGUACGGGUCUAAUAUUUCAAACAACAAUAAGCUGUUUUACUGGAAUGCCACUGGGACUGCAGAUGCAAUGUUUAGACCCAUUAACCCUGAAAAUGUAUUCAAGCAAGAAGCACAUGAAUGCUACUCUACAUUGUCAAGUACUGAGAUAGACUUGGUUUCUCUAUUUAAAUUUAUGCAACAGAUUACUAUUCGACGCCAUGAAGAACCUGUAAGGCUUGAAGCAAUUACUGUUAUGAAUAUCAUUCUGAUGAUGUCUAAUGCUUAUUUGGAAAGGGAGAGAUAUGUAGAAGUGGUGGAUUUUCAUAAUGUUUCACAACUUUUGAGAAAGGAUUCUGGCCUGCGUGUGCAAAAGCAGGCUGUGCAUCUAGUGUAUCUGCUACUAAAUUGUCCGCCAAUAAUGUCAAUGUUCUGUUCUGGCUGUAAAGACGAGAUGGAGAAUGCUGGAGCUGCCAUCGCUGACGGAAGAAAGGCUUCAACUACUCAACAAUUCUGUGAAAUUCUGGAGGGCGUGGCAGAUUGUCUACCUUGCCAUGGAGAUGGUACACUGGUCUUGCAACUUCGAAGGAAUGCUAUUAUUUUGCUGGCUUUUCUAGUGUCUUCAGGAAAAUCUGGCCUUGAAAUUCUAUUAAGUCAUGAGUUUUCAAAGAGGACCAAUUUCCUUGCACUAAUACUGAAGAUGUUGGUAGUGGAGAUGGAUGUGGAGGCCUCAGAGUCUAAUCAUUCAUCUGAAAUCUUCAGAGAGCGAACCUUGCUGAUUCGGGAAGCACUGAUUUUUUUGAAUAGAUUGGUGUCUAAUGCUCAAUACUCUGCUCCAGUUUUGCGAGUCUUGACCAACAGCAGAGACAUGGCCUUCUUGACUAUCGAUAUUGCCAAUAGGUUGUCGCGGAAAGGCAAGUGGUUAUGGCAGUCGGAUACAGUGAUUAGGAAUAUGAGGGAAUCAGAGGUUGCGAGCUUAGCUCAAAUUUUUAAAAGAAAGGUCUUCAAGUUUCUAGGAUAUAGCAAUGCAUCAAAACAAAAUGGCAGUGUGAAAGUCUAGUAAUGCAUUAGCAUUAGCUUUACUCCUGGGGCGGACUACACUAUGGCCAGAGGUGGCCUUGACUUUGCUCCCCCGCUCUUCCUCCUCUCCCCCAAACCCAUAAUGAUGUGGUACAGGGAAGCUGGUGAGCACAUACCCAAUAUACCUUUUCUGACAAAUGUGACCAAUUUUGGAAAUAGCUAACAUCGUGUAUAGCGACUAGCAAAUAGAUCAGUUCUUACUUACACGAGACUUGUUCCUUUCACAGGAACAGAGAAUCUUGAUUCUUUAGAUGACCUUUUGUCAACUACCUGAAGUGUGUAAAUUUCACUCAUUUAGUCAUUUGUACAGGAGAUAACGUGUGAUCGUGCUGUUUAGGGAAUUUUGCUUUACCCUGAUACAUAUAUUGCACUCGUGUAGCCUGUUUUUUUUUAA